UUUGAAUUAAUAUUACAUUGAUAAAUUAAUUGAUUCCAUCAUUUAUUGUCAAGAUUCUUUUAUUUUUGUAUUUUGUACUUUUACAUAAAAUCGUUUGGAAAACAUAUUUUAAAAAUUAUCCUUAGGAUAAUAUAUACAUAAAUAUAUAGAAACUAUUUUUGUGAAGCAGAAAAAAUAUUAUAAAACAUUUUGUAAAAAAUGGAUAUUUUAAAAUCACCUCUAAAAAAUGGUAUAGAUACAACCAUUGGGUUUGUAAUUUGUACCAUGGCUGGUUAUUGUAUAUAUAAAUUAAUAAUGUAUCGAAUAGGUAAAAAAUCUGUACCAGAUGGUAAUUGUAUUGCAUAUUCAGAGUUCGAUGAUAACCAAGAUUGUAAAUUAGUAUUAGUUGUAAGAAGUGAUUUAAAAAUGGGAAAAGGAAAAGUUGUGGCUCAAUGUGCACAUGCGGCUGUAGCAGCUUAUAAAAUUGCUCAAAAGUAUCCACCUAUUUUAAAAGCUUGGGAAAAUUCUGGUCAAGUAAAAGUCACUGUCAAGGUGAAUAAUGAAGAUGAACUAAGAGCAAUAGCAAAAGCAGCCAGAGAUGCUGGUUUAAUAACAAAUGUAAUACAAGAUGCAGGACGCACACAAGUAGCUCCAGGAAGUAGAACUGUAUGUGGAGUGGGUCCUGGGCCAGCGCAUUUGGUAAACUUAGUAACUGGGCGUUUGAAACUUUAUUAGCAUUCUUCAAAAAAAUUGUACAUUUUUUUUAUUAUUGAAAUGAAUUUAUAUUAAAACAUUCCUUUCCAAUCUUUGGAAGGUUUGAUCAUUAAUAAUUUAAAUAAAUUUCUAUAACAAAAUUUAUUUAUAUAAAAUACUGAAAAAAAAAAUGUAAAGCAUAAAAUAGCUUAACUCUUCCAUAAUACACAAUUGUUGAUUGAGAACAAUUUUACAUAAAAAAAAA